GGGUGAGUUUUGGGGAUGCAGCUCCUAGGCAACGUGAAAUGCAGGGACUUAGCACAGAAGAGGCCAAACCAGCCAAGAGAUUUUGCUGCCUUAAAUUCACUCGAAGCCCGGGAGGAGGAACAGCGGCGUGGUGGGAAGGGGCAGAGGAGAAAGCAGGAAACCUGGGAGCCCAGGGAGUUUAGUGUGACUCCUGAACGCAGCGGGAGGAGAGUCGAGUCGAGUCCCUCAGGCCUUGCGGGGUGCUUGGGUCCCCGAACAGCCCUUGGGAGGUGGACAGCCCUUGUGCUCAGCCGGAAGAAAUUCAACUUUGCCAGGGAUUCCAGCGAGGAGCGGGAGGGGAGCCCCAGCGAGGCGGAAGGAGGAGUCAGAGCAGGUGGAGUGGGAGAGAAGGUCAGUGCAGCCGGCAGCAGCAGAGACAAAGCGCUUACCUUAGGAAACCCAGGCAGCCUGGCCCAGCGAGCCAGGCCGGGAAGCGCGGAAGAGGGCCGGCGGGAGCGAGGCAGGAUGCCCCCGAAAGAGGCCAAAGCAAGGGGCACCUCGGGGCGCUCCCUGGAAGCGCGGCUGGAGAUCUGGGACUUCAGCUGCCAGAAACACCUGGGCAAUUGGAUCCGCUACUUCUGCCGCUUCAUCUCCGGGAACCUGUCCCGAGACAGCAGCGACAGCGACCUUGAACUUUCAUCCGUCCGGCACCAGCCGGAAGGGCUGGACCAGCUGCAAGCACUGACCAAGUUCACCAAGAAGGAGCUGCAGUCGCUGUACCGGGGCUUCAAGAACGAAUGCCCCAGCGGCCUGGUGGACGAGGACACCUUCAAGCUGAUCUAUGCUCAGUUCUUCCCUCAGGGAGACGCCAGCAUGUACGCCCACUUCUUGUUCAACGCCUUCGAUGUGGACCGGAACGGAGCCAUCUCCUUCGAGGAUUUCGUCGUCGGCCUCUCUGUCUUGCUGCGUGGGACCGUGCACGAAAAGUUAAACUGGGCUUUUAACCUCUAUGAUAUUAACAAGGACGGCUACAUCACCAAGGAGGAGAUGCUGGCGAUCAUGAAGUCCAUCUACGACAUGAUGGGCCGCUACACAUACCCGAUCGUCAGGGACGAUGCCCCAGUAGAGCACGUGGAGAAGUUCUUCCAGAAAAUGGACAGAAAUCGGGAUGGCGUGGUGACGAUCGAGGAGUUUUUAGAGACCUGUCAAAAGGACGAGAACAUCAUGAGCUCCAUGCAGCUGUUUGAGAAUGUGAUCUAGAACGCGACCGCGUCUCUCCCAGCAUGGCUGCCUCCUGGCCUGCUCGCAGACGGGCGCUCCUGUCUGUCUCUCUCGUGAAGCACACACACUGAGAAGCAAAACGGACUCUUUUUAUAUUUCAAAACAAAACAAACCCCACCAAUCAAAAUGAAGGAAAAGAGGAGGUGAUGGUGUUUGCUCCUGACCGGAUUCUCACUUGAAGGGCAAGAGGAGACAGAGAGAGACGGGGCUUCGUGGCUUUGUCUGACCUAGCAGAGCGAUUGGAUAGCGCUCCCCUAGGAUACGCUGCACAGCAUCACAUGCUACCUGUGGGAAAGAGACCAGCCUUGUGGAUUAGCUCAGCACGUCUCCUGUGGCGGAUGGAUGGAAAGGCUGUUGGCAUGUGGGCGGUGGAGUUCUCGCUACCGCCACCUGGGCACCUGGAAAUGGGGCAGUUACUGGAUCUCAUCAGGAAUGGGAGGUGCAGUAUCUAUGUGAGGGGUGGGGAAGGGAAACUGAGGCACGGAGCAGGCAGUGACUUGCCCAAGAGGCAAUUCCCAGUGAGGUCCACAGCUGGCGCGAUUUGGCGUAGCUCCAUUCACUACGUGACUGCGACUGAUCUCCAUCCGUUUUCACGCCUGCGCCGAGACCCUGGAGCCUGAAUGUCUCUCUGUGGGGCAAGGUUGGUUUGCGGGCAUCUGAAGAGAAGCCCUCCCUGGCUGUUGGGAAUCAUCUCCAGGACUUCCGUUCGAAAAGCACAAGAGCGUCCAUUCAAAGGCGGGUGGUGUGUAGAGUACCGUGGGUGGGACUUUCCUUGGGCGCUUGCUCAGAGAAGGGAAGCAAAGGCAAAAGCUAGCACACCUCCCCGGUUUCAUGGAGGAUGGAUGUCCCUCCGCCUGCAGCGGGACAGGGGACGGUCUCUUCGCUCAGGAGACUGGAACUGGGGCACUCUGCCUCAGAAACAGGAUUUGAGUUUUCUGAAGAAAUACAAGCACAAAUCCCCCAGCCCUUCCCAAUGGGACGUGGAGCCAGGUCCUCACUGCUAUGUUCUGAGGCUGAGAUUUCCGUAGCCUGGCUCCAGUCUCUGUUGGCUGGAGUGAGGGUUACACGGGGACCCUGCUCUGCUGUGGGAUGGGCAGAGCUGUGGUAACCGUGUGGGUUCCUGAGUAUGUGAGGGGGCACUAUCUGCCAGACGUCCCACUUCUGUUGACGAGAGGACAAGCUUGGGAGGUGCCCGAAUCAGAGGACGAGCUCCGUGUGGCUCAGGCGUGUCCUCUCCACCAACAGAAGUGGGUGCAGUCACAGACGUGACCUCGCCCACCUCGUGUGGCACUGCAGCUGAUGGGCAGCGACUCAGUGGCGUAGCGAGGGCGUUAUGCGCCCGGGGCAAAGGCAACAUUUGCGCCUGCCAGUCAUGUUGUCUUCACAGUGAAGUCUCCACGGGCUGCCCGGUCGCCUCGCUCCGCUCCUGGGUUGCCACCAGAGACGUGGGCUGCAGCCCCCGUCACCUCCAGUUCUUCCUGCCUUCAUCACCAGGGCCCCAGGGCAGCAGUCCCGGGAGCAGCAGGACUUACACAGUGCCCAUCCAGCCU